CUUCGAAGGCCUCGGCCCAGGAGAACUAAAGCGGGAGCUAACGUUAGUGUGCAGUUUGCCACCCGUUACUCUCGAUCCUCGACAAUUUACGGAACAGCUUCCGAUUCCCAUACAUCACCCUCUCCCGCGACACACUAUGCCAUAGAUGACGAUGGCGAUUCAGAGGUGUCUUUAGCAGAGUAUCAACGAAGAUGUUUGACACGCCCAGAUGGCGACACACAAGAGAUCGAGGACUGGUUGUUGGACAUGUAGGGAAGCUGGCUACAAGUGCGACGAGCUGAAACCUUUUUGUGGACGUUGCACAAGACUGAGGAUAACUUGCAAAGGCUACGGGAUCAAGCUGAAAUGGCAAGACGACGGCGUCAGCACAUUGGCAAAACCACCACGGAAGGGUCGGAAGAAGAAGACCAUUGAUCAGGUCCAAGCGCCCAGCCCGACAUCGAUCGUCAGCUUUGCAUCAACACCGAUGGCACUGUCAAGUCCUGAGUUUGUCUUCUCAUCGCCUGAAUCGACAAACACCAUGCCUACAUUGCCGCUGAACAGUCCUGGUUUGUCGUACGGCUUGUCCCUAGAUGAUCGAUGGCUCCUUAAUUACUGGGUUGAGCAGCUCUCCACGUUGAUAUCGGUAGCACCUAGACAUGGCGUUGCAACACCAUUUCAGCGACACUUGACAGCUAUGGCUUACGAGUCUCCGGCGCUUAGAUCAACGAUUCUUUCAAUGGCCGCAAAUCACCUCGCAUUAACCUCAAAUAAUGCUUCGCUACACCUACAAGGCUACCGUUUCCAGCGCAACGCCAUUCGCGAGCUUCAGCAGAUGAUUCAAGAUCCAGUAGAGAUAGAUGCUGAGCCGGCGCUAGCCACUGUUAUGAUGAUGCAGGUAUCAGCACGAUUAUUUGGCGAUGACGAUGAAGCUCACGUUGCAAAUCAUCUGAUCGGUGCUAAAGCUAUGAUAUCGAGACAUGAAGGAGAUGGCUGGCUUGCUUCGUCGAAUGCCCGAUUCCUCAUGAGUCUUUUCGCAUAUCAUGAUAUACUCUCAUCUGUUUCGAGGGGUUCACAGCCAUUGUUGGAUCACAAAACGGGCUUUACCGCCGUCGAAGGAGAACAACAGCUAGAAAGCAUUGCAAAUGUGCUUUUGGUGGUUGCACAGAUCAGUCAGCUACAGCACGCUAUAAAGAUGAGAAAGGCAGAAUCACCAACAUGCCCGGCUUUGUCGGAAGAUGAGAACACUACCGGCCGGCGAAUCCAGCAAACAUUGCUAGCUAUGGACUUCGUUGCAUGUAAGCAGGAGGAAACCCAAGAAAAUACUGAUAUCAGCUCGACAGCUGAAGCCUACCGCCAUGCCGCUUUCAUAUAUUUGUAUCGGACCUGGCUUGAUAUAGGUGCUCCCAACCCGAUAAGCAUGGAGCACAUCAACCAGUGUCUAUCACAACUACAACAAGUCGAUGCACAUUCACCUCUUACAUCAUCACACAUCUGGCCGCUUUUCACCGCUGGCUGCGAGGCGAUUGAUAGCACUCAGAGGCAUUUUGUUCGUGUUCGAUUCGAAGAGAUGUAUGCUGUAAAGCGCUUUCCGAGCCUGAAACGAGUCAUGCGUGAUAUUGAGCAUGUUUGGGAGGCCAAAGAUACGGAACAGCAGACGAAAGGUCAAGCGGGUAUGGCCAAGGUUGAUUGUAUACAAGUCAUCCUGAAAAGAAGGGGGAGAGAAGUGGAGCUUGCCUGAAGAAGGCGUGUAACGAUUGUCAAUUUGGAUGCACUUAGGCGAGCGUCACUUACCUUCUAAGCAGCCUGCAAGGAAAGCACUAUUUCAG